GAGUCGUCGGCGGCCGGUCACCACAGCCAUCGGUGUUCCCUCAUCUCCAACCCAACCCAGGGCACCGCUCAGUCUCCAUCUACGACCAUGACAAAUUGGCAAUUAACGGUGUCGAGAUUUGGGGAUUCACGAGCCUCACAACCCUACAAGACAAGACAAUGCCACCAACAACCGGAGAUGUCCUACACCAAAAGCAGAAGAGACACAAGGCAUCUUUUGGGUACAGAGUGCAAUACCUAAAGAACUAUCCGCUCUAAUGUAUUAAGGGUAAGCUUUUUCCAUUGUGUAGCUACAUAUUGUCCACAGAUAUAGAACUGUUCGACCAGUGGAUGUGAGCUCAGUUCACUGAAGCACUUCCCCUUCUCCUUCGCCUUUAAAUGCACUGCCUCGCCUUGUGGUUUGCCAUCUCCCUGCGCUUGUCUCUGCAUUCAGAGGCGAGGAAAUAGAGCAGAAGAAAUGUCGGGCAGAGGCAGCAGGAUCACUGAUGAGGAGAUCAACGAGCUCGUCUCCAAGCUGCAGUCGCUGCUCCCCGAGUCCCGCCGCAGGAACACAGGCAGAGUAUCUGCGUCGAAGCUGCUGAAGGAGACGUGCAGCUACAUCAAGAGCUUGCACCGCGAGGUGGACGACCUGAGCGACCGGCUCUCCGGCCUCAUGGUGACCAUGGACAGCAACAGCCCUCAGGCUGAGAUCAUCAGGAGCCUCCUCCGAUCCUAGGGAGAGUUGUACUGUCGUUUUCAUGCUUCUUUAGUGCAGUACCAACCGAGAUCUGUGGGUUAGAGAGAUCAAACAAUAAGUGCUAGCUAGUUUACUAGCACCGCCACGGUGCUUGAUGUUAUUGCAGCUGCAUGCUUGAGUUGUCUCUUUCAUGGCAAUCCAGGCUGGAGAAACUAUCAUGUAUUAGCCUUCUUA